GAUGCUGGCGGGCUCCGCGCAGGCGCGCGCCGCUCUGCUGGGCACGGCUUGGCACGGGCGUCUUUCCCUCGCUCUGUCUAAGCUGCGGAGCUUCUCCGGGCGGAGAGGCGCUCGGCUGCACCAUGUUUCUCCACUCAGUCAACCUCUGGAACCUGGCGUUCUAUGUCUUCAUGGUGUUUUUGGCGACCCUGGGGCUGUGGGAUGUCUUCUUCGGCUUCGAGGAGAACAAGUGCAGCAUGAGCUACAUGUUCGAGUACCCCGAGUACCAGAAAAUAGAACUUCCAAAGAAACUGACAAAGCGGUAUCCAGCAUAUGAGUUAUAUCUUUAUGGAGAAGGAUCGUACGCUGAAGAACACAAAAUUCUCCCGUUGACAGGAAUUCCUGUUCUCUUUCUCCCUGGUAAUGCCGGAAGCUAUAAGCAAGUUCGUUCUAUCGGCUCUAUCGCACUUAGGAAAGCAGAAGACAUUGACUUUAAGUACCACUUCGACUUCUUCAGUGUCAACUUCAAUGAAGAACUGGUGGCAUUGUAUGGUGGGAGCCUUCAGAAGCAGACCAAGUUUGUACACGAAUGCAUUAAAGCAAUUCUCAAACUCUACAAGGGUCAAGAAUUUGCUCCUACAAGUGUGGCAAUAAUUGGUCACUCUAUGGGUGGCCUUGUUGCCAGAGCGUUGCUUACACUGAAAAAUUUUAAACAAGAUCUGAUCAAUCUUCUUGUUACACAAGCUACUCCUCAUGUGGCCCCUGUGAUGCCGUUAGAUCGUUUCAUUACAGAGUUUUAUAUGACGGUAAACAACUAUUGGAUUUUAAAUGCUCGGCACAUAAAUUUGACUACACUUUCUGUGGCUGGAGGAUUCCGGGAUUACCAAGUUCGUUCAGGACUGACUUUUCUACCAAAAUUAAGCCAUCAUACCAGUGCCUUAUCUGUUGUGAGCUCAGCAGUGCCUAAGACCUGGGUCUCAACAGACCACCUCUCCAUCGUGUGGUGUAAACAAUUGCAGUUGACUACAAUUCGAGCGUUCUUUGAUCUUAUUGAUGCCGAUACCAAACAAAUAACUCAAAAGCCUAAGAAGAAAUUAUCUGUUUUGAAUCACCAUUUUAUAAGACACCCAGCUAAACAGUUUGAGGAAAAUCCGUCUAUAAUUGCUGACCUAACAGGGACAUCUAUGUGGGUUCCAGUAAAAGUGUCCAGAUGGUCCUAUGUGGCUUAUAAUGAAUCUGGUAAGAUUUACUUUGCAUUCCCUCUUGCAAAUCAUAGAAGAACUUACACUCAUGCCUACUGUCAGAGCACCAUGCUGGAUACAAAUAGUUGGAUUUUUGGCUGCAUAAACAGCACUUCCAUGUGCCGGCAAGGGGUUGAUUUAUCAUGGCAUGCUGAACUGUUGCCAACAAUUAAGACUCUGACGCUACGACUUCAGGACUAUCCAUCCUUGUCGCACAUUGUUGUCUAUGUGCCAUCUGUCCACGGAAGUAAGUUUGUUGUAGACUGUGAAUUCUUUAAGAAAGAAGCGAGAUCCAUGCAGCUUCCUGUAACUCACCUUUUUUCCUUUGGCUUGUCUUCCAGGAAGGUGGUAUUAAAUACAAACGGCCUAUACUACAACGUAGAGCUCCUGAACUUCGGGCAGAUAUACCAGGCUUUUAAAGUCAACGUGGUCAGCAAGUGCACUGGAAGCAAAGAAGAAAUAACUAGUAUCUAUAAACUUCAUAUUCCCUGGUCUUAUGAAGAUUCACUAACCAUUGCACAGGUUCCAUCUUCCACAGACAUUUCUCUGAAGCUUCAUGUUGCUCAGCCAGAAAAUGACAGCUAUGUGGCACUGUUAAAAAUGUACACAUCAUCAGACUGUCAGUAUGAGGUGACAAUUAAGACAUCCUUUCCACAAAUACUUGGACAGGUAGUUAGGUUUCAUGGUGGAGCUCUUCCUGCCUACGUUGUAUCUAGCAUCCUUCUUGCUUACGGAGGACAGUUAUACUCUCUCCUCUCAACAGGUUAUUGCUUAGAAUAUUCUACCAUAUUGGAUAAAGAAGCCAAACCAUACAAAGUUGACCCAUUUGUAAUUAUGAUUAAGUUUUUGUUGGGGUAUAGAUGGUUUAAGGAACUGUGGGAUGCAGUGUUAUUACCAGAGUUAGAUGCCAUCGUUCUGACUAGCCAGAGCAUGUGCUUCCCCCUUGUAUCCUUGAUUCUCUUUCUGUUUGGAACGUGCACUGCAUACUGGAGCGGCCUGCUCUCUUCUACGUCUGUGCAGCUUCUGUCUUCAUUGUGGCUAGCUCUGAAAAGACCUGCUGAACUUCCUAAAGAUGUCAAGGUGAUGUCACCAGACCUGCCUGUUUUGACAGCUGUCUUUCUCAUAGUGAGCUGGACAGCUUGUGGGGCACUCGCCAUACUCCUGUCUUACCUGUACUAUGUGUUUAAGGUGGUUCGUCUGCAAGCCAGCCUAACAUCAUUUAAAAAGAAUCAGCCAGUGAACCCCAAACACUCCAGAAGAAGUGAAAAAAAGUCCAACCACCAUAAAGACUCUGCCGUGCAAAGCCUUCGCUUCUGUGCUGGUGAUGCUGAAGAUAGUCUGCGCAUGCACAGUACCGUGAUUAACCUGCUGACGUGGGUUGUGCUGCUCAGCAUGCCGUCUCUGAUCUACUGGCUGAAGAACCUUAGGUAUUAUUUUAAACUUAGUCCUGACCCAUGCAAACCCCUGGCAUUUCUCCUUAUUCCAGCUAUAGCGAUUCUUGGAAACACUCACACGGUGUCAAUAAAGUCAAGUAAAUUGCUGAAGACCGCCUCCCAGUUCCCACUUCCUCUGGCUGUUGGCGUGAUUGCUUUUGGCUCCUCCCACUUAUACAGGGUCCCAUGUUUUGUGAUCAUUCCUCUUGUAUUCCAUGCGUUAUGCAACUUUAUGUAAAAUUGGUCUUACAGAAGGAGAAGCGGUUCAUGCCUUUAGGACCAGUGACACAGUGAACAUACAGCUCCACCACCAGGAACAGCGAGGUCCUCUGGAGAAGCCAAGUCUAUUUUUACAGUAUUGAAAAUAGGAAAUUAGUUUUGUAAUGCUUGAGGGAAGUAGUUGAAGCAUGGUUUCAGUCCAUGGUGUAACAUCUGUAUACUUGUCCUAUCUGAGCAAUUAGUGACGAGAUGCUGUGGCCUCUGUCUUAAGAACUCCUGUACAUACCAACUUGCUUUCAUCUGCCAUCCUACGGACCUUCUGGAGACCUAGAGAUGCAGUGCUGUGUGCAAUCUAAGUGAAACUUCUGCUAGUUCCGCCAGACUUUGUUUUGAAAAGUGGGUUUUAUAUUUGUUAUCAUUUACAUAUUCAAAAUAGGUCUGAAAAGAUUGUUAGAAGUAACAACUGUUUUCUCAGAAGUAAAAUAGUCACGAAGGGGUCUGGUCAAUUUUUGGCAGCCAUGGUGGACAAAGUUUGAUCCCUCUUCUUACAUCUGUGAAAAAAGAGCCUCAAAUUAAAAGGAGGCUUUUUUUUUUGUUAACUGCUACAAUUCAGAUUCAAAACAAUGACAUUUUCAUGAGCUUUCAGAUAUGAAUCCUACUAUGUAUACUUGGUGAAUAUUAGAAGCAUGGAAGAGAUUUAUCAAAAGAUCUAUUAUCAAAAGAAUUUUCUUUCAGAUUCUGCGUUGGCACAGUCAGUCUCUGCCCCUGACUUAAAGCCUUGCCCUAGUGGUUGCCAGAAGUGCCUGUAGCAAGGAUAGGUUGCUAAAGGGAUAACUUCAGAGGCUGAAACAACUCCUGGUUCGCAUCAUUUGUCUACUGAGGAGGAAGGGUCUCAGCAUAAAUACAGCAGUUUACUUGAUGUACAGAACUAUAUACUAAUGGGGAACAGUGGGCAGCCAUUACUGCACUAGUACUGGAAAUGUGAACACUGCCUGACUAGACUGCACACCUACAUCACUCAUUAAGAAGAGAAUCUUGGUUUGUAGAGGUGUCUUCUAAGACUACCAUUUUGCCACUGGGGGGGGGGGGUAACAUUGUAUUCCAUUUCCAAUUAUAGUUCAUUCUUAGCUACAGAAAAAUAGGAAGGUUGGGAGCUUGAAGAAUAUAGUUGCCCUUUGCCUUCAGUUAGAAUACAACUCAAGCUGAGUCAGAUCUGUGUUGUAGAACCCUUCACUUAGAUGUGUGUUGUGUAAAUGCCCAUAAGCCUUUCCCGUGAAGUCCCCCAGUGUUAGGGAAUUCACAGUUGCACUUGUGAACUUACAUCCUUCUCAGUACCCAGGAAUGGUACUAAGAGAAUCAGCUUCCUUUUAUCGGCUGUAGCGCCCAGUGUCACAGCCUCUCAGCUACUACUGCCAACCGGAGGGCUGCGCCCACGUCAGCCACGUUAGGUCUUCCCUGGAUCUUUCCUUCUUCAGAGCUGAUCGAAGGGUCAGGUUAGUACCACAGAAGUUAGUUCGUAUGAGUCUGUCACCAUCUGACUGGCAUCGUGCUUGUUAAGUAUUCAUAUUUUCACUUAUUAAGACUUUCAGCUGGGCAGUGGUAGCGCACGCCUUUAAUCCCAGCACUUGGAGGCAAAGGCAGGUGGAUUUCUGAGUUCGAGGCCAGCCUGGUCUACAGAGUAAGUUCCAGGACAGCCAGGGCUACACAGAGAAACCCUGUCUCGGAAAACCAAACAAACAAACAAAAAAAGACUUUUAAAGGCAAGCUGUUGUAUUAGACAUGGCAGACCCUUUAGUCUCUUGUUUUAGAAGAAUGUCAAAAGGAAUAAACUAUACCGUGGUGUUUAUUGAGUACCCGAGGGUGAGUUCAUUGGAUAAUUACAAUUUUCUCAUGGCACAACACUUACGUAUCUAAGUAGGGAUACAUCUGCUCUAAUUUUGCUGGAGAUGUGUGACCUCUCCACACAUGCUGUCUUUCAUUCUGUAUUAUAGACGUAGCUCAACUUAGUGGCAACUGAAUACUUUAACUUUCUGAAUUUGAACAUACAUCUACACACAGAAAGAACUUUCCAAAAUUUGAUGUUAGACUUUUUGACAGCCAAGAUUAUUUAUUUAUGAGAUCUAAAGUCUCCCUCCUUAGCCAGUACUGCUCAUGAAUACGUUGUAUCAAGUUUAAUUUCUUACUCAUGAGUAGUAUAUUUGUUAUUAAAGCACAUUAAUUCUCACAACAAUAUUUUUUUCUGAAAGUACUAAUUCCCUAAGCCCUUUGAGUCUUGUUUAUGCCAGCAAAAUAUUUCAAAUAAUAGUAGCCUGGGUCUUCAGCCAUUUGCCACACAUACUCACAGAUACACACUCACACAUAAACACAGAUGGGCAUGCUUUGAUUGAAUCUUCAUCAAGCAUUUAGACACAGAAAGCUAGGUAGACUGAUUAGGAAAAGUGCUAUCCCUUAAAAGGAAAUUAUUUCUUAUAAACACCACAUACUUUUAUCUACAUGUUUACACAACGGUUAGUUAUGUUAGAGAUUAAUACAACUAAUUUGUGAGUUCUGCUGUUGUCAUUUUUUUUUUAAGAAACUGACUUUUGGGGUAAAUGUACUUAUUUAACAACUGGGUUUUUGCUUGUAAAUAGGUUGGGUAUAUAUCAGACAGUCAAUCUGUCUGAUUAUUGAGUGCUUAGUAUUUUUGAAAUUCCCUCAUAGGUUCUUGCUAUUAUAAUUUAGACCUGAUAAUUUUUUCAAAGAUUCAUCUUUGUGUGUACAUACGUGUGCAGGUGCUCAUUGUGGCCAGCAGAUGGGUUGUGGGUUGUCAGUGCUAGGAACCAAACCCAAACUUUCCAGAACAGCAAGCACUCUUAACUAAGCCUCUUUCCAGCUUCUGGGCCUGGUAAACAGACAGUGCUAGUGCAGUGGUGUGUCUGCGAAUGAGCACACCAGGAAUUGAAUCCGGAGCCUGGGUAUGUUAAUUAUGUUCUGUACUAUUGAGUAAUACACAGAUUGACUGGAUUCAUUUCAUGCCAAAAUUAAGUGAAUUUUACUCUUUUCUUGGUUAUCACUAUAAUGAAAACUUCUAAAGAAACCAUUUAUGUUUGAUUAACACUGAUUUUUGAGGUUGCCCUAUGUCUAUACUGAUCAUGUAUUGAUUAGUCUUUUAAAUCUUUUUAUAUUUUAGUUAUGUAAUCUCAGCUGUCUAUGAAGGGAUACUUUUUACCAAGUGAUCUAUAAUAGUAUCUUUAUAAUUAUCCCACAUGUCAACAUGACACAUUUUCACGAUGCUCACAAAUUCAUACAAGGCUUAUUGUCUUAUUCAUUAUCAAGUCCUUUUUUUAGCUUUUUUCUCUUUUCACUUAUAGCAUAAUGUGUUCAUUUCACCAUGCACUCUCUCAAUCUCUUAUGGAGGAUGCUGAAGUAGAGGGAAGCAGAACUCAGUUUUUAGUUCUUGAAAGCUUCAGGAGGCACAUGGGAAGUAGGCCUGGAGAGGUGGUUCAGACAGUCAUGUGCCUGCGGUGCAUACACGGGGACCCAUUUGUAGACUGCCAGAAUCCACGUGAGAAACUGGCAAACUAGUGCACGCCUAUAAUCCCAGCAUUGGGGCAGUGGAGACAGAUCUUCGGGGCUUGCUGGCCAGCCAGCCUGGCCAUAUUGGCAAGCUUCAGGUUUAGUGAAAGAUCCUUUGUCAAAAAAUGGGGCGGAAAGUGAUUGAGGAAGGCACCCAGCAUUGACCGCUGCCCUACCCCUCUGACCUCUCCCUGUGCCUUCAUGUAGAAACAUGGGUGCACAUACAUGAACAUGUACACACACACAUACAAUUAAGAGGUGGGGAUCCACAAAUACCAUGAGGUAAACUAGAGCAGUUGAUUCCAUAAUCAUGGAAUAAAUUCAGUACCUCAUAGUUCUCCUUAGACAGGUCUGAAUUAGUGCACUGCCUUGCAUUAUUUGGUUUGGUGCAAACUUUUAGAAUGCUGUAUUUGAACAUAUAGGAAGUGGUUCUGAAAAAAUAAUUUGGGAAAAAUCCAAAAGUAUGUUGAUGCAUUGGAUAACUACAUUUUUGUUGAUUGUUUUUCAUUCAUGUGGAAGAUUUGUGAAUUUGUACAUCAUAGGAAACAAGAGACUAUGAAGUUUAUUGAGGGUCACAGUCCGUUUGAGGAGUAUGACACUUGCCAGAAUAAAGGGAACCGUGAGAGUUUGUGUGUUUAAGACAUUACUUCCUUUUGGGAAAGCUUCCUUACCAGGUAAAGUGAACAUAGGACUCACUCUACAAACUGUAAGGUUGAGAACUGGAAUUUUAUUGCAGACUCUUGGAACAAGAAACAUAAUUCUGUGAACUUUCAACAUAAGGUUUACUGAUGUGUAAGGAAAUAAGAAAGCUCUGGGCUCCUUACAUUCCUAACUUUUCAGAGGAUUAGGGGAAAUGGGAGUCAGAUCAGCAGUCCAAAUGUGUGCUAUAAAUGCUUAAACGUCUGCAAUUGUAAAACAUAUCGUGAACAAAUAAAAACAGAAUUUUAUACAUUGGUAACUUGGUUUUGAGAACAGAGUAUGAUUUGGAAAUGCUGAUAACAGACAUGUUGUUACUCUGCUAAUACUAUAAAUGUAGCCAUGCAGCUGGGGUGACCAUGUGUUUCAAAGUUGGCAGUAUGUAAGCUACAACUUGAUUAACGUAUGUGAAUAAUAAUUUUAAAAUCAAGAACAGUUUUUUUUUUCAGUGCUUGGUGUGUUAUGCUGCCAAAAUACAUCUGUAUACUAAGAAACCAGUUAAUUUCUGAUGACUUGAUAUAGAAUUGGUAUCCUGAGUCAGAAUCAACCUGUCAUCGUUCUGUACAUUGUUGAUUUGAAACUAUAUCUAUUGGUGUUUAGUCCAAAGUUUAGUAAACUUUGCAUAUCUGAAUUCUAAUCUUAGUCUAAGAAGCCUAUGGGGAGCCAUUUUGUAAAGUUCACAUGCUAUUUUAAAUGUUUUUAUUUUUAGUAUUUGUAAGGUAGUGGUUACUAUGACAAAGUUUAUAGAUACCAUAUAGUACUACUAACUGCUCAAGAGCCUAACAGACAGUGUAUUUUGUAUUUCAUGUGUACUUUUUCUGUUUCAUAUUGGACUUUUUACAUCCCUUUUUUAGGAAAAAAAAAAGGAUACAUUUAAAUUCUUUUUAGGGUAAUCUGUAUUGGAAACUAAGUAUUCUCACAGUUAGCAAACAUAUUUUACCACCAAAGCUAAAUGAAACUGUAAGAUACCUCUAGAUAUUUGUGCCAAUGAACUUUUCUUAGUAAUUUGAGGUUAAAACAAAAGUAAUUUUUUCAGUAUUUUUCAUCUAGGACUUACAAUAAAUGUAGAUAUCAUGAAAACAUGUUCCAUGCUCUGUUUUUCUUUGAAAAUUUUCAAAGAUUUAGAACAGUGUGUUCUGUGUUCUUUUGUGUCUAGUUUCCUGACAUUGCAGGCUGGCUAAAAGAUGAAUCCACUCAGUAGUAAUCUUUUAGCAAUUAAUUGAAGUAAUCAUUUGAGGUAAUCAGACUUUGGCUUGUUUUAUGGUGUAAAAAGUCAAUUGUUUUGCACAAUCCAUUUUUGGUGUAGGUGUCUGGUUUAUGCAGUUGCAAGCUUGCCCUGUGGGGUUUCUUUUGCUUUCUGUAUGUCUCUGUUCAGUCCCUAGUGUUUAUCCACUAAAGCCUAAUAUAGUAUGAUAAGGCAAACCGUUUAGCAUGCAUAUUUUGUGCCAAAUACUCUGAAAUACAGUUGUUAAUGAAAAGCCCUGGCAUCAAUAUGGUAUUAGAUAAAACUAGAACUAUAGCGGGUACAGAAGCCACCGUGGAGUCAUGUGAACUCUAGUUCCUCCUCAGAGGAACAGCAUAGAAACUGCAGUGUUUCAUCUUAGUUUUGCUUAGCAUCUUCUACUGCUUCUUUGCCCUACAGUACUAUAAUGUUGGUACAUUUGUCAUAAGUUAGCCUCAAAAGUGAAGAGACAGCACAGAAAACCAGGUAUUGGUCUUGGUCGAGUGAUGCUUAUCUAAGUAACUGUUGGGGGCUGUGGAUAAAUUAGAAGAAAGGUAGUUUAUGAGAGCUGGCUUCAAGAUGCUCUGUCCUCUAGAAGGAGUUUGUCUUCUGUGUGCAGUUGUCUUAGCCUAAGUGGGAGAUGCCCGUCCCUAACAUAACCAGGCUCAGUACAUGGAGGCAGAGGAUUGUCAGAGUUCUUGUACAAAUCUCCUCCUCCCCUGCUGUGUGGUUGGGAGAGAAAUCUUCAUUUUUGUUGUGUAUAAAUUAGGAAGUUGUGCUGUAUCCUUAUAUUAUUUUUAAAUAGGCACUGAUGUGUAUCGUUUUGGAGGGAUGCUGUGGUUUCUUAAGUUUAGGACUAACUAUUUAAGUUUAGGACUAACUAUAAAUGUAGCAACAUGCCCAAGAUAAACCAAAACUGAAUAUACCCCAUCACUGUGACCUUGAACUUAUUUGGGAUAAAACAGACUGUGCCUUAAAAUGACAAAGCAAUGCCCUGCGGUCUUGCAACUAUAUUUUACUAUGGGUGGUCUUCUAGAGGUUGUUGGGAAUCCCUUUCUUUCAAGUUGUUGAGAUAAAAGUUUUAAGUACCAACUAAGCCACACUUACUUUAAUAUCACCUAGCUGCUGUCCCUGCGGCCACCCUUGCUUCCCAGAGCUUUCUGUUUUGAUUUUUUUAUUUUAAUUUAAAAUUGACUUAGUCUGAAUAUAUGUGAGAAAUUAGAUUUGGCUAAAGUUUCUGGGGGAAAAUAUUUUAAGGAUAGUCAGGAUACUUCUAUUUCUAAACUUGCUGAAUAUGGAAAAAUUAAUCACUGAAAUGUAUCUUUGUCUUAUUGAUAAUAAUCUUAUCAAAGAUGUGAGUUCCUUCUGAGACUUAUGGUCAUUGUUGUGGCAGAUUGACAUGCAUUUUUAUUUUCAAAUAAGGGUUAUUAGAUUUAUAGUAAUGAUUUCCCAGUGACUAAACUCAAAUGAAUGGAGUUUUUUUUAAGCACUACUAUUUCACUUUCCUUGUUCUUUUUCCUGCCUCAUUAUUCUUAUGGUAUCAAGGGAGAAUUAGCUCCUUUGUUUUUAACUUAAUGUAGAGUCUUAUAUUUUUAUGUAUUGAUUUAAAAUAAUGAGUAUAAUUUCCAUUAAAGUCCAAAUUACUCAAUUUAUAGUAUAAUCAAAUUCCUUGCCCAAAGCUGCCCACAUUUCUGAGAACUCAGUCUGUCGUUUAUUUUUACAUGUUACUUUUGGGCAUAAAUUCAAUCAAUGUAUUUCCUCCUAGUUCACCUCCAUUAAAAUUAUGUAGAAAUGACAAUAUGUCUUUUUUAAAAGCCUGGUCAGAUUGACAGAGAAGUUGUGCAGGCAGUGGGUAUAUGAUGAGAUCAGUUCUACCUUGCGGUUAAGCGUUUAGAGCACACACUCCUCGUGGCUGCUGAGGGAGACUGUGUACAGUGAGUAUUUAUUUGUACACUGGUUAAGUUCUCAUCCAUAAAAUAUAGUGUAGUAACAAUGCGUCGUGCAGGGAGCCUGUACUGAUGCGAGCGCUGAGAACAGCCUCGGCGCAGAUCUCCCUGUCUCAACAUGCAUGCUCGUCUCCAGUGCCGUGUGCCGUGUGCAGUGCACUAAAUACACGUGCGUGUAAUUUUCUGUGUACUUUCUGGUAUGGUAUAAUUAACACUGUUACAUUUAACCGGUUGUGAUUCAGGGGAAAGUGCUACUUAUUCUACUUUGUAGAGUGUCGUGAGUGUUUUUACCUGUGUUUCAGCAUUAUGAUGUAGUUUUAUUAUGUGAAUAUUUGCCUUCCGUCUCCGCUCAGGUAUUAACGUGUAGCGAUUUUUGGUGCUUUGUUUUUAAUUUGUCAUAAUCUGGUGUUCUGAAUGUUCAAAAAUAAAUUUGGUGAAUAAGCA